AUGCUCACGUACGUAGUUGCUGCGGUCAUUAUUUUACUCACGGUAUGUCUGUUCUUUAAGAAGGGUGUGUUUUUCUCCUCUUCCAUGGGAGUGGCAUUGGAUGCGUCUAAAUUUCAGAACUUUAAGCUUGUGGAUAAAAUUACUGUGAGUCACAACAGUUUUAUCUUUCGCUUUGCUCUCCACUCGCCCACACAGCGACUUGGACUUCCUAUCGGACAACAUCUUCACAUUCGAUGCAUGACCACUAACCCAGAAGGAAAGCCAGAGAUGGUGCAACAUGCGUACACUCCUGUUUCCUCCGACGAUGACUUGGGGCAUGUGGAUUUCCUCAUUAAAGUAUACUUCAAGAACGUGCAUCCCAAUUUUCCCAACGGUGGCCGUCUAUCGCAGCAUCUGUACGAUCUUCCACUGGGCACGAUGGUGGAAAUACGGGGUCCUGUGGGAAACUUUGAGUACCUGGGGAAAGGCAAUUACACUGUUAAGGACGGGAAGGGCAAAUUGAAAAAGAUGCACACGGACGCCUUCACAAUGGUGGCGGGAGGGACGGGUAUAACACCGAUGAUGCAACUGAUUCGUGCCAUAAUGAAAAAUAAGGAGGAUCGCACAAAUAUUUUUCUUGUCUACGCGAAUCAGACCGAGGAUGAUAUUCUCCUGCGGAAGGAACUGGAUGACUGUGCCAAGGAUCCACGCAUGAAGUUGUGGUACAUGCUGGACCGUGAGACUUCCCCUCAAUGGAAGUACGGCACCGGUUACGUGGAUGAAGCGACGUUGCGGGCACAUGUUCCUGUGCUGCAGCCCCGGAAUUCCGACUACAACCGUGUCGUUGCGCUGAUGUGCGGCCCACCACCGAUGCUCCAAAAAGCCGUGAAGCCAAACCUGGAAAAACUCGGCUACACCGCAGAGGAGAUGUUCUCCUUUUGA